CCGGGGCUCAGGCCCUGCACCCAUCGCUCCUCUUCUUCCUCCUCUUCCUCYUCCUCCUCUGCUCCCGUCGCCUCGCCGCGGGAAGCCCGCUCCAUGAUGCAGGCUCGCUACUCCGUUUCGGACCCCAACGCUCUGGGAGUGGUGCCCUACCUGAGCGAGCAGAACUACUACCGGACGGCGGGCACGUACGGGGGCAUGGGCAACCCCAUGAGCGUCUACUCGGGCCACGGCGAGCCCUACGCGGCGGGCAUGGGGCGCUCCUACGGGCCCUACCACCCGCACCAGCCCACCGCCCCCAAGGACCUCGUGAAGCCGCCCUACAGCUACAUCGCCCUYAUCACCAUGGCCAUCCAGAACGCCCCCGACAAGAAGAUCACGCUCAAUGGGAUUUACCAGUUCAUCAUGGACCGCUUCCCCUUCUACCGCGAGAACAAGCAGGGCUGGCAGAACAGCAUCCGCCACAACCUCUCGCUCAACGAGUGCUUCGUGAAGGUGCCCCGCGACGACAAGAAGCCGGGCAAGGGCAGCUACUGGACCCUCGACCCGGACUCCUACAACAUGUUCGAGAACGGCAGCUUCCUGCGCCGCCGGAGGCGCUUCAAGAAGAAGGACGUGUCCAAGGAAAAGGAGGAGGCCCGGGAGCGGCUGCUGAAGGAGCAGCCCAAGCCCGCAGGGCUGCCCGGCGCCGACAUCCCCAAGGAAGCCUCCUCCUCUUCCUCCUCCUCCUCUGCUUCGGCGCCUUCCUCGGAGAAGAAGGUGGUCAUCAAGAGCGAGACGGCGUCGCCGGAGCUGCCCGUGAUCACCAAGGUGGAGACGCUGAGCCCGGCGAGCGGCGGCGCGUUGCGGGACAGCCCCCGCAGCGCCGCCUCGCCGCCCUCCGCCUCCCCCGAGGGCUCGCUGCCCGAGCACCACCCGUCCAGCAACGGGCUGCCGGGCUUCAGCGUGGAGAACAUCAUGACCCUGCGGACUUCGCCGCCCGCCGAGCUGAGCCCGCUGAACGCGCCGUCGGGGCGGCCCGGGGGCGGCCUGGCGCUCGCCUACCCGCCGGGGCAGCCGUCGGGCUACAGCCAGGCGUGCAGCCAGGCCCUGGACACUAGUGGGAGCUACCACUGCAGCAUGCGGGCCAUGAGCCUGUACAGCGGCGAGCGGGCGGGCCACAUGUGCGUGCCCGCCGCGGCGCUCGAGGAGGGCCUGGCGGAGCAGCCCACGGGCGCCCCGUCGCCCCUGGGCGCGCUCAACCUGCCGUCGGGGCAGGAGGGCUCCCUGGGCGCCGGGCACCCGCACGGCGGCGGCGGCUCCUCCGCGGCCGCGCAGCCCUCCUGGUACCUCAACGCCGGCGGGGAGCUGAGCCACCUGCCCGCGCACGGGUUCGGCUCGCAGCAGCAGACUUUCCCCAACGUGCGCGACAUGUUCACCUCGCACCGGCUCGGCGUGGAGGGCGCCGCGCUCAGCGACCACCAGGUGAGCAGCAACUCCGCCUGUCAGCUCCCCUAUAGGUCCGCGCCCUCCCUAUACCGCCACGCCACCCCCUACUCCUACGACUGCACUAAGUAUUGAGUAGCCGCCACUCCGCCGCCUAG